ACGUACGUCUUAUGUUUUGGCAUUUAUGUGAAACACAACGACGCUUGAACGCGGUUAAAUAAAAUAAAUUUUAGCAAAAAUGGAUUUGAAGAAAUUUCUUAUGUUAAAACAAGAUGUAUGCCGAUUAGUUCUAGGAUUUAUGAAAAAGAAUGGAUACGAACAAACUGCAGACCAAUUUAUUAGAGAAUGCCCUGAAUUAUAUGAGAUAUUCGUCGCAAAGCAACAGGGCGAGGACAUCGUUUGUUCGGAAAAGCUAGAAAAGAUUUUAGCCGAUCAUCAAUUUAUAAAGCGAAUCCUAAACAAGUUGAACCCGCGCGACGAUAUGUCUCUGCGUGAUAAAUUUUUGUUGAUAAUUAAUCAAAAACAUGAAUUGCUGAAAGAACCUGAGCGGCGUGACUAUUUUAGUGCUGAGCGCAAAUAUAACUAUGAGUAUAAACAAGGACAGAAGGUUAUAUCUUCCCAAACCAUUGUAAAUCGUAUACCAACAGAUGAAGAUAAUCAGCAGCACAUCGUAACCAAUAAAGACUCAGUAUCUGAAAUUACGAAUGCAACAAAUGAGUAUAUGGAUGUAAAUAUUAAUCAAGAUGUUGAUAGUGUAUUAGUUCUUGAUGACGAAAAUCUCAAUACUAAUGGAGCUUUUGUGGAGCAAAUAGGCCAAUCUAAUGAUCAAGUGGUAGAAGUUCAGUUUCAGGGCACAUCUUGCGGAAACAUUUUUCCAGAUGACUUCUUAUAUGUGAAUGAUGUCACAUCGUCAAAAUCAUUCAUGAUUCAGAAACAUUCAUUAAACCUCGUUGGUGAUUAUAAUAUUAAUAAUUUAGGAAUUGUGCAGACAAAUGGUGCAUAUGAAACUAUAAGUCCACCUCACAUUUUAAAUACAAAUAGUUCCUCAACACCACGUAAAACAACACCACGAAAAACAACACCAUCGCAUGUUAGAGCUCUAACAUUUUCACCAAAGGUCACUUCAAAGAAAAAAGCAAUCAUUAAAAGUCCUUUAGUAAAAAUAACAGAGAUCAAGAAAUUACCAAAUGUUAUCAUUGCUGAAAUGACAGACGGAAAAUCUGUUUCUAGUUCCGAUAUCGUGGCAACUAAUACUGUUACUUCUACUGCAGUUGCUACAAGUACCACUCCUUCUGUUGCAGUUGCUACAAGUACCGCUGCUCCUGCUACAGUUGCGACUAGUACUGCUGCAGCAGUUGUGACAAGUACUGUUAGUCUAGCUAGUACUUCUACUGCAACUAAUGUUAUUGUCGCUAAUAGUGAUAUUAAUACUGGUACUGAGGAAGCCUACUCAGAAUGUAUAAUCGAUGAUGAAAGCUCUGUUGAAUUGCCUUUAAGCACAAAAGUGUGCCCUGCAGUAAAAAUAAACGAAGAUUCUGAAGAUAUGAAAAAAUGGAAGCUCAUUCGGUCUCAAAAGUUAGGUGACUUAGACACUAGAUUAAGAGAAAUUAAUGUCUUCACUGGUAACAAUAUGCCCACACCUAGGGAAAAUAAAAGAAAACCUCGUCGAAAACGAUUAACAAACAAAAAAGGGAAAAAUAAGGAAACUAUAAAAGAGGAGGAAGAAACGGAUGAUGAUGUACAAAUUAUACAGCCCGAAAUCAAGAAACUUAAAAUUGGUGUAAGAUCACAGCAGCGCAAUAUAAAAUCGAAAAUAAAUUCAUCAAGUGAGAAUAUUCAACCGACUAUUCAACCGACUGAAACUCAAAGUAGUACCAAUGUGAAAAAGGCUGAGAUAAACGAAGUAGUGGUUCCACCUAAUUAUAAGGCUGAAAUUGAGAAACGCACCAAUAAUAUCGGAUUUUUAUUAGAGACUCCAUUUAAGGACUGUUUACCGAGUUAUGUACCUACAACACCUGGAUUACCAUCAUUAAUGUGUAAACCCGAAGAUGGCGGGUUUAACGCAUCAUCUUUGUUUGGGUCACUUACUAAGAGUGAGUUAGGCUCACCAAUAAUGAAUGCCAUAACGCCUGGUUUAAAAUGUUUGGCAUCGCAAAAUUUAAAAGAUCCCACUCCAAAAAGCGGUUUGGUAACUGAAUAUUCAUCAUGUGGGUCGUAUUAUAAACCAGAUGAAUCUGAAGACAUUGAAAUUGAUAGAAUCGCUAGUCGCAGUUCUGCAAAUAAACAUUUAAAAGAAACUGAAAUGAGAAAUGAAAAACCACAACUUAGUAAAAUACUGGAAGAUGGGGAACUUAAUUCAACUGGAAGUUCCAAUAAUGAUUCUACGAAAAAGGACGAUUCUAAUGUAGAACAUAAGGUGAAUAUAGAUGAAAAUGAUGAAAAAGUUGUAUGUAUUGAUGAAAAUUCAAAUUCGUCUAUGAGUUCAAAUUCUUCGUCGUCAUCAUCAUCUAGUAAUUCUUCAACGGCAAGAUCUUCAUCUUCUUCAAGUAGCGCAAAUACAUCAAAAACUCAUAAUGAAAACAUACCUAAAGGUGAAGACGAAUCUGUGCAUAGAGAUUCUAAUGAUAAGAAUUUAAAUGAAGUACCUACAAAAUCGUUUGUUGAACCCACUGUGGUUGAAAACGUACCUACAAUAUUGAUUGAUGAACCAACUAUAAUUGAAAAAGUUCCUACUAAUAAAAUGCAGUUAAGAAAAUCAAGACAUGUUGGAAAUAGUCAGACGGUGCAGGACAAUAAAAUCAGAGGGGUUCAAAACGAACUUGAGAUGAAAAAGCAGAGAAUGAAAAACAAAUUAAAGGAUGAACCGUCAACGUCAAAUAAAAAAAAGCCACCUCCUAAAGUAGUGUCUCGAUAUAAUACUAAACAAGCAGCUUCAAAAUUGCGGGCUAUACAUAAGCCAAUAAAAUUACCGGAGAGCCCUACAUCUGAAAAUAACAGUGAAAUAUUGGCAGCAUUGCAAUUAUCAGCGAAGAAGCUGAAUCCAACAGACACAACGGAAAAAAAUCCCAAAUUGCAUUUCUCAAUAAAACAAAAUAAAACGAAGAGAACUGAUACUAAAUCGAAAGAAAUUGAGACAAAUGUUAACACAACAGACUUAGUAGCGCGAACAUCUACUCGGCAAAAGGAAUUAGAGAGGAAAGUAAUUGAUGAAUUUAAUUUCGAAAAAGAAGAAGCAAUGUCAUCAGAUGAUGAUUUUAUUGAUUGUAAAUUAGUAAAAAGUCAACAAAUGCAACGUAAUUAUAUAGAAAUGUAUUCUAAAUCCGACAAAACACCAAAAGAACAAACUCAAGAUCAAAACUUACAAAAGAAAGUGGUUAAAAUUGGUUUUAACCACGCGGAACAGUUCGAGCAAAUAAUCCUACGACCAACCGAAAUAAUAAGGUUUUUGAAUUGGCCGCCACAAGAAUCCAAAGUCAGUAAACAUCCUAAAAAAAGAAAAAUAUUGGAAAAUUUAAAACAUUCACAUGAAGACAAUGUUUCAAAAGUACAAAGUUCGAAUCCAGAUGUUCAGAAUACUCACCCAGUUGCUGCAGUAGCUAAGCUGAGCAAAUGUGAAAUAGAAACAGUGCUAAGCAGAUUACAUGGGAAAACAUCUAUAUAGUUGACAUCACUUUAAUUCUUCUUUAAAUUAAUUUUAAUUCAUAUCAUCAUGUAAAUAUUAUUUUAAUCGUAAUAUGUAUGGUUUUACAUACCCAUAUUUUAAAAAUCGCCAUAACACAUUUUGUGAAUCUGGAAUUACAUACACCACAAACAUCAAGCAAAUGAUAUUAUAUUUGGAGCGGAAUAAAACAAAGGCGGAUUGCAAUUAAUUAUAUGAACUGAUAUAAUAAGCAUUCUUUAAACAAUAAUUAGUUGUUAAAAAGUUUUGAACAGUUCUGCUCGGAAUAAAGAGAUAUAGCACAUUCCAAUACUAACAUCACCUUGUAUCCGAUUUGCAUAUAAAUAUUAUUGCCAUUAUGGACGCGGUCUUAAUGUCUCUUAAUGCUUUGUACUGGAUUAUGUGAUGGGGAGGAAAAAUUACUUAUUUAUGCGACAGCCUAAACUUUAGCCACAUGCGUUUAUAUUGCUUGGAUAUUGCAAUGUUGCAAUUAAUAUUAUUGAAUCAAUUACAAGCAAUGCGAUUGUUGGACUUUUGCGUUGGAUUAUAAGCUUCACCAAAGAAACGUUGGAUAUAAUGCCCAUCGUUUUUAUUUAAGACAGUGACUUCCUAUUGGAAGUCGUUUAGUUGAUGAGACAAUUAUGUGUUGCUAUAUCUCUUCAUUUUUUUGAUUUAACUGAUAGUUUUUUAUGUAUAUUAAUUCUAAUGCUAUGUAUAUGUAUUACAACUAAUUUAUUUUAAAUUAAUAUUAUGCUUUAAAUAGAUUUCAUAAACUUUAACCAUUAUUAACCAGUGGCUAUAUUCAGCGAAUAUGAAAGAAAAACAGUGCUAAGCAGAUUACAUGGAAAAACGGCUUUAUUAUUUUCAAUAUUUUUGAUCUCCUUAAGGUUUAGCUUUAAGUUACACUCUUAUACGUGUAAAUAAGUUUUUAAUAAUUUUAAUAAUUAUAUGU